AUGAGCAGCCCGACAUGCUUCCAGGCCAUCUACAAGCAUGUAGACGAACAGCAGAUUGAUGUAGACGUUUAUCUGCCUUCAUCGCAUAAUGUCAAAAGUCCAGUUUUGAUCAAUAUCCAUGGUGGCGCGUUCAUGCUCGGCUCGUCAAAGAUGGUAAAUAAGGACCAAGUACAAGAUUGCCUGAGCCGAGGAUGGAUUGUCUUAGCCCCCAACCAUCGCCUGUGUCCACAGGUCGAUAUGUUAAAUGGACCUAUCCAGGACUGUCGUGACCUCUUGGCUUGGGUGUAUGAUGGUGGACUGGAAAGGGAAAUCAACGAGACUGGCCAGUCAAGUGUCAUCCCAGACGUCGAUCGCGUCUUUGCCUUUGGUACCUCCUCAGGCGGCACUCUAGCCCUUUGCUUGGGAUUCGGAGUCCCUCGGCCAGUAGCUGGGAUAUAUGACAUGUACGGGCCGUGCAACUUCUCGGACAGUUUCUGGACAACAAAGCUACCUCAUCUCAAGGUUCCUGCGGGCCUAACAGAGUCCUUUAUGAACAAAGUAUUUGAAGAAUAUCCGGUUCCUAUUACUGGGGGCGUCUCUCUCGAAGGCCAGUCUACUGGUCCGCCCGACUUUAAUGACCCACGACAAGCAUAUGCCUUGACGCGACUUGCGAAUGGUACUAUUUUAGAUGCCAUCUUCCCGUCUAAGGACUGGGAUAUGGUCGAUCCUGUUCGGAAUAUCGGCUCCUGCUUUCCGCCAACUUUCAUUGCGCAUGGAAUAGAGGAUUCGAAGGUACCUAUUGGUUUGAGUAGAGAGCUGUUCCGAAGAUUGAAGGAUCACGGCGUUCACUGUGAUAUGAAAGAGAUUCCGGGGGAAGAUCACACAUUCGCUGCUAAGAUGCAGGUUGGAUCUCAAACGUGGGAGCUGCAGCGUCUUGGGUUUGACUUUUUAGAACCGUUGAUGUAA